ACAUUUAUUCGCACUUGGGUUGCACUUGUUACUCAACCCUCAGCCGCCAACCCGAGUUCAGCGUCGCUCUCCAUUCUCAACAGAUCCUGUGCAAUAAAUCUAAACUCCUUCCUUCGAGUUAUUGAUUGUUCAAAGCUGCGAAAAUCAUGGCCCAAGAAAUGGAGCAGAAAGAAUUUAGCGAGUUCGCCAAAUCUAUGGUGGAGUACAUUGGCCAAUACUUGGAGAAUAUCAGAGACAGGAGAGUUCUUCCCACAGUUGAACCCGGAUAUUUGAGGCCGUGCCUUCCAGAAACGGCUCCAGAAGAUCCUGAUAAGUGGCAAGAUGUGAUGGCUGACAUUGAGCGGGUCAUCAUGCCUGGUGUGACUCAUUGGCAUUCGCCCAGAUUCCAUGCGUACUUUCCAACAGCCAAUUCAUACCCAGCAAUUGUGGCUGACAUGCUGAGUGAUGCCAUCGCUUGUAUUGGAUUUUCUUGGAUUGCCAGUCCUGCUUGCACCGAAUUGGAGGUAGUGAUGCUUGAUUGGCUGGGAAAGAUGCUCGGUCUGCCCAAUGAAUUCCUCGCCUGUUCAGGAGGAAAGGCGGGAGGCGUUAUACAGGGAACGGCGAGUGAAGCGACUCUUGUGGCUCUUCUUGGCGCCAAGGCUAGAGCUGUGCGGAAGGCAAAGGAACAGCAUCCCGAUUGGACAGAUGCUGUCAUCAACUCCAAGCUUAUCGCUUACGCUUCAGAACAAGCACAUUCGUCAGUGGAGAGAGCAGGUCUGCUUGGUGGUGUGACAUUCCGCAACCUCAAAGUUGAUUCGCAUUACAGGCUUCAUGGUGACACAGUUGAUGAAGCUAUUGAAAAAGACUUGAAGGAAGGACUCAUCCCAUUUUAUGUCGUGGCAACGCUUGGUACAACGUCAGUCUGCUCGUUCGACUUGAUCACCGAGAUUGGACCCGUUUGCAGAAAACAUGACUUGUGGUUGCACAUCGAUGCUGCAUAUGCAGGUUCGGCAUUCAUCUGUCCUGAGUACAGGUAUCUAAUGGAAGGAGUCGAGCUGGCUGAUUCUUUCAACUUCAAUCCUCACAAGUGGAUGCUAGUCACAUUUGAUUGUUCAGCUAUGUGGUUGAAAGACCCGACAGAUGUAAUUGAUGCAUUCAAUGUUGAUCCACUCUAUUUGAAGCAUGAGCAGCAAGGAUCAGCGCCUGAUUAUAGGCAUUGGCAAAUCCCUCUUGGAAGAAGGUUCCGUUCCCUCAAAUUAUGGUUUGUGAUGAGACUUUAUGGUGUCAAGAACCUGCAAGCUCACAUAAGGAAGCAGAUUGGAUUUGCUCAUCAAUUUGAAGCCUAUGUCAAUGAAGACGAACGUUUUGAGCUUGUUGGAGACGUUCUUAUGGGAUUAGUAUGCUUCAGAUUGAAGGGGUCGAACGAAUUGAAUGAAAAAUUGCUGAAAAGGAUCAAUGGAAAUGGAAAAAUCCACCUUGUACCGUCGAAGAUCGAUGGCCUGUAUUUCCUGAGACUGGCGAUCUGCUCUCGUUACACAGAAUCAACAGACAUUGAAUUCUCAUGGACGGAAAUCAAAAGUCUAGCAAACGAUGUUCUCGUAGAAGAGAAAUGAACAAAAGUACAUUUAAGUACCGUACUGUCGUACAUUUAGUUAGGCUACUAGGAAGCCUAUAUGCUUACUAUAUCUCUUUAAUUAUGUUUAAGCAAUCAUCUUAGCGAAUUUGCUGAAAGCUUUCUAUAUAUUAAUAAAAUGAGUUUGCUUAUAAAAACUCAUGUGAGAACGAAUUAUCUUCUAUCUACUGUAUUUUUAAUUAUUUAACGCACUUGGAAAGUUCUAAGUUAUAAAAGAAAAUGCAGGCUGUCUAUUGCAUAGUUGAUUUUCCAAUUGUUACCUAUUAAUAGCGCUUUGUUGAAGAAGUGUGUAUAGUAUGUAUAAAAUGUAUAUUUGAAUACCGUAUGCAAUGUUAUUAUACGAUAGCCUAAAACAUUUAUAUUGCUUAUUUUUUGCUUACAUUAUUAUGUAUCACUCAAUUUACUUAUAAUAUCGAUAACAUUAUCAACUUCAUGACUCCAUAGAAAGAGAUGAGAGAAAAAUAUAUGAAAUAAUCAAUUAGUCACUGCUUCUAACCAGUUUCAAUUGUUUAAAAACUUUUAUAUAAUUGCCAUGAAUAAUAAAUAUCUAUAAAGAAUUUAUUGAAUCAAUAUUUUCAUUACUUGAAAUUUAUUGGGACCAGUUAUUGAGUAGAAAUACUGACAAUUCUCUGACUUCUUAAACUUAAAUAAUACUUAUAGUCGUCUACUCCCGUUCGAUAGCUGAUAUUAUUAUCGAUAGGCCAUGCUUCUUAUUUAUAUUAUUUACCUUGAUGAAGACUCAAUAACUACCUUGGAUAAUUCUGUACCGACCACAUUUUUAUUAAAAUUUAUGUAGCUGGCAGAGAAAGCAGCUAUAUGUCCCCUUUUGGGAUUUGAAUGUGAUUGAAAUCAUUCUUCCCUUACGUAAUAUUUAAAAUAUCAAUAAAAUAUCUUGAGGAAAAUGUUAUUUUCUUUUCUCAUAUUACAAGCUUCAAAUUAGUUAUUAAUAGUUGUAAUAAAAUCACAUUCUUCAGUUAUUAUCGUAGCUCGAAAAAUUAUAUGAGUAGUCUUCUUAUGCUAGAACAUAAUUCUAUUUGUGUUCAUAAUAAAUUAUGAUGAAUCUCUAUUUAUUUAAUCUAUUUAAAUAUUACACCUAAAAUCACCUAGUCUAAGUGUGUUGUUAUAAAAUUUGUUUUAUAAUAUUACCAAUAAAAAUAUAAUGAAUUAUGUGAUUAUAUGAGAAUAUGCUUGUAAAAAGUAUUAAAAAAAUGGUGAAAAUAUCUUAAACUCUAAAACUUUUUCAUUUUAUUGUUUGUAAAGUCUAGUUGAUCAUGACAAUAAAGAAAUUGACAAUAAA